UUGAUGUUUUAAACGCGUCGUUUCUGUAACUUUUUCGUCCAUAUAUACCCACAGAUUAAUUUAACUAUCUAGUUUGAUAAUUAUCCUAAAAGGCACAUUUGUUAAAAGGAAAAUCGAUCUAACUUAUCGGAGUUGGAGAUGACUUCUGGAGGUUUGGGGCUCACCGAGAGCCUGAAUCAAGACAUAGGUCAGGAGGAGCUGGAUUUCUCCGAUUUAUUUCUGUAUAAUACACCUGGAGACGAUUUUAAAGAUGACACAGGGGCUCUUCUUGAGAAUGACACCCACCCUCCUCUGCCGGUGGUCGACCCUAACGCCGCCUACAUCUCCAGCUCCUUCCAGAACCCCUCCUCUCACAGCCCCACCUCAGACAACCUGUCAGGGCUGGUGUCGAGACCGGGCACCAUCCCUGCUCCCAGCCCCAGGAUUGAGAUCACUCCAUCGGGUGACUCUCUCAGCUCUCAGACCCUGGAGCGCAGCCCUGCCUCCAAAGCUCUGGCAGCCUACCGGGAGUGUGUGAGCCCUGCCAGCAGUAACUCCUCUACAGGCUGGCCAGCAGAGGGGUAUUCUCCCUUGGCCUCACCAUGCGUCUCCCCUUCCAACGUAGGCGGAUGUGGCAUGUCCGCCUUAGACCUCUGCCCAGGCCUCCAGGGUAUCCACACUUCUUCUGCCCAUUCCUCUCCAGGAGCCUCACCUCACAACAGUGUCACUGAUGAGACCUAUCUUGUGCCUCAGCACCAACCCAAUGCCUCGCCACGUACCCACCAGCGUUCCCGCUCUGCCUCACCGCAGGGAAAGCGCGCUUAUGACCAGGUCCACCCCUGUCAGGGGGGCACUCCUGUCAAGCAGCGCUCCCGGAGCCCCAGCCCUAUCCCUUCACCACAUGAGCAGCACUACUACCUCCAGCAGUACCAGGCUCAAGCUGAGUUCCAGCCCCAAGCUCAGACCUCCUCCCCAGUUCUAAAGGAGAUUCUGGGUCACCUUGGCACUGAUCUAACCAGAGUGGUGCCUUCUGCAGUGGUGCUAGGUGCACAUGGGCAGGCCCAGAGACAGGACUGUGUGUAUGAAGAGGAGUAUGACUGGGUCUCUGAACAGGAGAGGAUGGGCAGGGCAGGACCUGAGGUCAAACCUGAGACCCUCUACAUGCUCCCAGCUGUGUGGCCUACUCCUCAGGUCCACCAUGGAGCCUUCAGUGGUCUGUCCGUGACAACGCUUCCCUCUUUAGAGUGGUCGUUACCCAGUCAGUCUGGCCAGUAUGAGCUACUGAUCCAACAACAGCCCAAGUCUCACCACAGAGCUCACUAUGAGACUGAGGGCAGCCGCGGAGCUGUCAAGACACCUAACGGAGGGCAUCCGGAAAUUCAGCUCUAUGGGUACCAGGGCACAGCUCCACUGAUGCUGCAUGUCUUCAUUGGGACGGCUGACGAGAGGCUUCUGAAACCGCAUGCCUUCUACCAAGUCCACCGCAUCACUGGCAAAACCGUCACCACACCCAGCAUGGAGAGGAUGAUCAGUGGGACCAAAGUGUUAGAGAUCCCCCUGGAGCCAAAGAACCACAUGAGUGUGCUGAUUGACUGUGUUGGGAUCCUGAAACUGAGAAAUGCUGACAUCGAGCUGAGGAACGGUGAGACGGACAUCGGACGAAAAAACACUCGUGUGCGCUUGGUGUUUCGUGUCCAUAUUCCACAGCCUGGAGGCCAGUACUUGUCUCUUCAAGCUGCCUCUCAUGCCAUCGAAUGCUCCCAGCGCUCAGCUCAGGAACUCCCUGCAGUUGAGAGGCAGGACCUGGACCGAUGCUCAGUGCGAGGUGGACAACAAAUGGUCCUGACUGGACAGAAUUUCACAUCCGACUCCAGGGUGAUGUUCUCAGAGAAGACACAAGCUGGGCAGCAGAUCUGGGAGGUGGAGGCCACUGUAGACAGAGACAAAACACAAUCAAACAUGCUCUUUGUUGAGGUCCCGCCAUAUCGAGACCAGAAAAUUUGCCACCCAGCCAAAGUCAACUUCUACGUCAUCAACGGGAAGAAGAAACGCAGUCAGCCUCAGCACUUCAUCUACACUCCUGUGAUAGCCAUUAAAGCAGAGCCACUGGAUGACUACCAGUUAAAUUCGUACGGCUACUCAGACAAUCAGUCUCUGCCUGGCCUUUCAAUGAAGUCACUCUACCAUCACCUGGAGCAGGACAACAACCUUCAAGCCUUGAAUGUGUCUUCAACACUGUACCAUGUAGCUAACGUUGACCACAGAGCUCACAUGUCAACCCCCGAUCCACUGAAUGACCAACCACUGUAUUACCAGUCCAGAGCCGGCACUUUCAUCAAUAGCCCCAUGCUGUUCCAAACAGCAAACCAAUGUUACAGCAACUGCAGUACUGCCUUCCUCAGUGGUUCACCAAUGGCUUCCCAACCUGCCAACGCUUCCACUUCCAGUCCACGUGUUACUGCCAGAAACCCUGUGGUCAAACUGGACGAAGGCCCUCAGAUUGGCGACUCAUUUGAGGCCUGUUUGGCGACAAGACAUCAGGGUUUUGUGCAGGCAGCACUGCCACUGGGAAGAUCACCACCUUCAAGAUACAUACAAGGUCAAUCUCAAGGGAAGGGUGGCUGCCGAGUGGAGCCAAGCAGCCAACAUCUAACCCAGAUUGGCAGAGUCAACCAUGAUGAUCCAGGUCCAGAGAGAGUCACAGUCAAACAAGAGAACCUCAGCUAUACCUAUCUGGAGGAUGUGAACGACAUCAUACGAAGAGACCUGAAAGGCCACAACGGAGAAUGAUCCUGGAAGCCUUUGGCAGCCCUGAUGUCUGAGAGUAAACAAUGCACGUAAUCUUCCGACUUCAGGAACUAUAAAUAUUAAAUCCUGAUUGUCUUGACGGAAGCUUCUAAUAAACAUUUUAUCCAGAUGGUGGCAAAUAUUUAAGGCAAACAAUAGAAACUGAUGCACAAAAGACUUAAACUGACUUUAUUUCAAAAUGUUUAUGUGGGACAAGAAAAGGUGGCUGUUCACUUUCCUUUGUUUGUCUUCAAUAUUAGCACUUAUUUUUCCUCAAUUGUAUGUAGCCUUAGUAAAGCCUUAUACUGUUUAUCUAUUGCAUUGUUUUUCUC